AAAGCAGUAGUGCUGGUCAGUAAAACUGGCAGGGAACCAGAAUGUACACUUAGGAAGAUAGAUUGAAGUCACUUUCAGAAACAGACACACAACAGCACAAGCCAACCAAACGCACACGUCUGCUCUUCACGUGAAAAGGACAAGAUGUCAGUCACAGACUCAAAUAUCGGUUUGACAGCAGCUAGCAUGCUUGAAGAGAUGACGGAAAUCACUGGUCAAAACUUGGUUAGAAUGGAAGUAGAAGAUCAUUACAAAUUCAUCAAACAGCUUGGAAAAGGGAAAUAUGGCCAAGUAACCUUAGUUAUCCAUCGUCAAAGAGGAACACCUAUGGCUUUAAAGCUUCUUUCAAAAACUUUAACCAAGAGACAGAACUUCCUGUAUGAAUACUGUGUGGCUCUAUCCCUAUCUACUCACCCAAAUAUCAUUGGCAUGUUCGGCAUUGCAUUUGAAUCUUCUGAGCACUAUGGUUUCCUGUAUGAAGCUGCCCUGCAAAAAGAUCUUAUUUCCAUUAUAAAACCAAGCGAAGGAGUACCAGAACAAACCGCCAAGAAGGUCACUAGUCAGCUAGUGAGUGCCCUUGAAUUUAUCCACAGCAGAGGCCUGGUUUAUCGAGAUGUAAAACCUGAAAAUGUGCUUCUUUUUGGUACGGAUUGUCAAAGAAUCAAACUUACAGAUUUUGGACUGACUCGUCCUAAAGGCACCCUGCUUAAACUUGUGUCUGGUAUAAUUCCUUACACAGCACCUGAAUUAAGCAACUCUCAGAAUGGAGAGGCAGUUCCCAUUGAUUUUACUCUAGAUACAUGGGCCUUUGGAGUUCUUCUCUUUUGUUUGAUGACAGGAUACUUUCCUUGGGAGAAAACACUACGGUCUGACCCAUUUUUUGAAGAUUUUAUAAUGUGGCAGCAAACUGGCAGUCAUGAAGAGCUAUCUUGGCAUUGGAGGAAAUUGACAUUUGAGGCUAUGGAUAUGCUCAGGCAGUUAUUGGCACUGAACCCCUCUGAAAGGAGUUCAGUCAACAAAGCUUUAAAAUAUCUGAACUAUCCAUGGAUAGUGGAUAACUGGAAAUCAUUGCAAGAAUUAAAAUAAUUUGUCUGCUUUGUACAUAUCUUGAAACAGGCUUGAUUUAUGAUAGCAUAAUGACAUAAAUCAUUAGAAUACUAACAUCUAUAAUUUCUCAGUAUACGCCAUUUCUUAUUUUGAGUUCUUCAGUCUAUUUCUUGACCAAAAUCCACCAACUUUUCCAGCCACAGACAAAACUUUAGUUGCAAAACUGCUCUUUUACUCACUGGAGCGUGAAAUACAUAGAGUUUUCUGAUUAGUGAACGUGCCCCUGAAAUAUUUUGGAUGCCAUUUUGUUUUUGUGUAUGUCAACCAAGAUAGUGCCAGAUUCUUAGUCACAAAGAUCUCUUUGGUAGAAGUAAAGGAAAUCGCAUUAGUGAGUGUAUUGAUGCAGUAGGUGGCUGAUGCUGCUGGUGGAUUGUAGACUGAAGGGGGACAAUACUCAAUUACUGUCACUACUUUCAAUCAUCACCAUCUAAGAACACUAGUUGUAGGAAGUCAUAGCACUCCCCACUAGUUUAUUACAGAAUGGAUAAUUGUGAUAGGUAUGUCACAGACAUUAAAACAGUGGACCAGAAAGCACGGCAGGAACCAUAUUUUUAUUUUCUUAAGGAUGGUAAUACCAAGUGCAGUUUUCUUUCCAUUUUCACAUACCUUUGAAUCAUUAUAUAGACAAUAUUAUACACUAACAGUAGCUUUGCCUGUCUACCAAGUUCUUUUGUAGAAAAUAGUGAUGUGUUUAGAAAUUUGACUAGAGUUCCCAUUUGGCUGACAGUAUGUAUGUCAAAUGUCACCUGGUAAAAUGUUUUGUAACAUUUGAAAUUAAAAUUAAGAUAUGCGUUACA